AUGUCAACCGAUAAGCCGGCCAUGGCCGGCCCCAAUAUCGAGGCACAAGAUUCUGAUGCCGGUACCUCGACCGAAGUCUUCGACUCUGCCGAGGAGAAGAGGCUCCUUCGCAAGCUUGACCUACACAUCAUUCCGCUUGUUAUGUUACUUUAUACGUUUAGCUUCCUGGACCGAGUGAAUAUUGGAAAUGCGCGCCUCUACCACUUGGAGACGGACCUCGGUCUAGUAGGCAACCAAUUCCAGGUGGCCGUUUCCAUCUUCUUUGUCACGUACUUGCUGUUCGAGGUGCCGUCGAACCUGGUGCUCAAGCCGCUGACACCAUCCCGAUACAUCGCCUUUAUCGCCUUCGCCUGGGGCAUCAUAGCCACAUGUACCGGCUUUGUACAAAGCUACGGGGCGCUCAUCGCGACUCGUCUCAUUCUCGGCGUCGUCGAAGCCGGCCUCUUCCCAGGGCUCAACGUCUACCUGACCUUUUUCUACACCAAGCGGGAGCUCGCCUUGCGCGUCGGCUAUCUCUUCGUUAGCGCUGCCAUCGCCGGGGCCUUGGGCGGACUGCUAGCCUAUGGCAUUGGCCAGAUGGAGGGCAUCGCCGGUUAUAGCGGUUGGAGGUGGAUCAUGAUCAUCGAGGGUCUCCCGAGUGUUCUGCUGGGCGUCGUCACCUGGUUUCUGCUGCCUAACGAUGUCAACCAUGCUUACUUCUUAACGCCCGAGGAGAAGCAGCUAGCAAUAGCGCGGCACCGGCGCCAUUACGGCGACACGGAGAGCGCGCAGCACUACAGCAAGAAAGACAUGAUGGCCGCUUUCAAGGACUGGAAGGUCUGGCUCUUCUGCAUCGGACAAUUCGGCGUCGAUACCUUACUCUAUGGCUACUCGACCUUCUUACCGACCAUCAUCCGCGGCCUCGGCCAAUGGACUCCAGCUGAGAUCCAGCUACUGACCAUCCCGUGCUACUUCAUCGGCGCCAUGACUUACAUGGGAAUUGCCUUCUUGUCGGACCGCAAGCAGAUGCGCGGGGUUUUCUGUGUGAUAUUUGGCGCGGUCAGCGUUAUCGGGUACGGCGUGCUGCUGUCCGACUCGGCUGCAGGCGUGCACUACUUCGGCUGCUGCCUCGUAGCCACCGGGCUCUAUGUUAUCGUUGGCCUUCCGCUGGCUUGGCUGCCGAACAACACACCGCGGUACGGAAAGCGCACGACAGCCAACGGCAUGCAGCUCACCAUAGGCAACUGCGCCGGCAUAAUGUCCUCAUUCAUCUAUCCUAGUGUCGAUGGGCCGCGCUUCAUUAUGGGAAAUGCCGUCUCCCUGUCUCUCGUCGGGAUGGCCGCGUGCAUAUACGGGUUCAUGUGGUUUUGGUUUGCGAGGGAGAACAAGAAGCGUGCCGAGGGAUUCGUCAAGGCAGAGCACCAGAACCUGUCGGAAGAAGAGCUGGCCGAACUGGGAGACGAAAGCCCGAAAUACCGUUCCAUGAGUAUCUACAGCUUCCUGAUCGCUGUUCGCUCCGAUGGCCAGCAGCUCACGAACGAAUCGGGCGAUACCACAUCUCAUCUCAUGGGCAUGUUCUACCGCACCUUGAGAAUGGUCGACAACGGCAUCAAGCCUCUCUACGUGUUCGACGGCGCGCCGCCCAAACUCAAGUCAGGCGAACUGGCUCGUCGUUUCCAACGCAAGGCCGAGGCCAAGGAAGGGCUCGAGGAGGCCAAGGAAACCGGUACUGCUGAGGACGUCGAGAAGUUCUCACGCCGGACCGUCAAGGUCACCAGGGAGCAUAACGCAGAAUGCCAGCAGCUGUUGAAGCUCAUGGGUAUACCAUACAUCAUCGCGCCCACCGAAGCCGAGGCACAGUGUGCUGUCCUUGCUAGAGCUGGGAAAGUCUACGCGGCAGCGAGUGAGGAUAUGGAUACUCUAUGCUUCAACAGCCCCGUCUUGCUACGGCAUUUGACUUUCAGUGAGCAAAGAAAGGAGCCGAUCCAGGAGAUCUACGUGGAUAAGGUCCUCGAGGGAUUGAAUAUGGAUCGCAAUCAGUUUGUUGAUCUCUGUAUCUUGCUCGGCUGCGAUUACGUCGACCCUAUCCCCAAGAUCGGUCCCAACACGGCCCUGAAGAUGAUCCGCGAGCACGGCACGCUCGAGAAGGUGGUCGAGCACAUCAAGAAUAACCCCAAGUUCACGCUGCCCGAAGACUGGCCCUUCGAGGAUGCGCGGGCCCUGUUCUUCCAGCCCGACGUGCGCCAGGCGGACGAUCCGCUCUGCGACUUCAAGUGGGACAAGCCCGACACCGAGGGACUAGUCAAAUUCUUGGUCACGGACAAGGGCUUCAACGAGGACAGAGUCCGCGCCGGCGCCGCCAGGCUAGAGAAGGCCACCAAGAGUUCGCAGCAGGCCCGGCUCGAGGGCUUCUUCAAGGUCAUCCCCAAGACGGAUGCGGAAAAGGCGGUGCACAAGCGCAAGCUAGAAGAACAGAACGAGGCGAAGAAGAAGAAGCUGAAGGAGGAGAAGAAGGAGAAGGCUAAGGCCAAGGGAAAGCCUCGCGGCACGGCGUAG